UUCUUUCAGAGCAAGCUGAUUCCUAUGACCGAUCAAGUAAUUUCUGGAAUCAUCAAGCGAGAAGAAAAUGGCUAGGAGUAUAAGAACAAGACUUCUAGCUGUUAUUUUCCUUGUGUCCUCAGUCUGGUUAUUUGUAACUUUAUUUCUUUUUGAUAUUGAGAGUGAAAUUAACAAAACAAGGACUAAAGAGGAAUAUCCAAAGUUAGCUAAACUUGUAAAAAUAGUAAAACGAGCAGAUGAUUUCAUGGAGCUCCGUGAUCGAUAUACAACAUCACAUUUUAAUAAGUCAUCAUGGAUUAAAUAUCACGAGAAAAGGAAACGAAAAGAAAUUUUGAAAAAAUGGAGAGAUGAACUUGCACUUCAAAAGUUGGAGAAAAAAUCUACAGACAAUUCCAUUGUAAACAGUGCAAGUAAAACAACCCUACAUAAAAACUCACGCCAAAAUACAGCGGCAAAUGCUUCAAAGGCAGGCAGCAUACACCUAUCGCCAAAAGUGAUGCAAGAACACUCGAAGCAAAUUAAACAGAAACAUAACAACCAAGAAAAGAUUCCACGUAAAGAUUCGGAAAGAGAACGACUUCGUCACCUAGAGAAGAUUCUUCCACCACUUGCACCAGGUGAAUAUGGUCAUCCUGUCAAAAUAAAGAAAGAAGAACUCCGCCCAGACCAACAGAAGAUUUAUGACGAACUAUUCAAGAGGAAUUCCUUCAACCAGUACGCCAGUGAUAUGAUAUCUUACCAUAGGAGGCUACCAGACAUAAGAAAUCCAAGCUGCAAGCUUAAGAAAUAUCCUAAGGAUCUACCUGCCACUAGCAUCAUCAUUUGCUUUCAUAACGAGGCUUGGUCCGUAUUACUACGCACAGUUCACAGCAUUUUGAACCGAACACCAUUACAUCUUAUUCAUGAAAUCAUAUUAGUGGACGAUUUUUCUGAUUUAGAUUUUCUUAAAGAGGAGCUAGAUGAGUAUUUCUCAGAGAAAGGAUCUGGGAAAGUCCGAGUAUUAAGAACAGCUAAGCGAGAGGGUUUGAUCCGAGCACGGCUUUUAGGUUAUGAGGCGGCCACCGGUGAAAUUCUGACAUUUCUAGAUUCUCAUAUCGAAUGUUUUGUAGGCUGGCUUGAGCCCUUGCUGGAGAGAAUUGCAGAAAAUCAUACAAGAAUCGUUGCACCUAUAAUAGAUAUGAUAAGUGAUCAAACGUUCGCCUGUGGAGGGUCAGAAAUAGGAGCAGUGGGAACAUUUGAUAUUUCAAUUAUGGGGUAUAAGUGGCUCACCAUACCCAGAGAAGAGAAGGAAAAACACAGUCAGAUAAUGCCCUGGAGGACACCCACAAUCGCUGGUGGACUGUUCUCCAUUAGCCGAGAUUAUUUCACAAAGAUGGGCACCUAUGACCACGGCAUGGACAUCUGGGGAGGUGAAAACCUGGAAAUAUCAUUCAGGAUUUGGAUGUGUGGCGGAAGUCUUGAGAUCCACCCCUGCUCUCACGUCGCUCACAUAUUCAGAGCUGUCAGUCCAUACAAGUGGGGCAAAAGUUUUGCCGAGAUUUUGAGGAAAAAUGCAGUUCGAACCGCAGAAGUAUGGAUGGACGAAUAUAAACAUGCAUAUUACGAAAGAAUUAAUUACGACCUAGGUGAUUAUGGUGACGUAUCAGAGAGAAAGGAACUGAGGCAGCGUCUGGGGUGUAAGAGUUUUGGAUGGUACCUCCAUAACCUGUUACCUGGAAUGAAGCUGCCGGAGAAGGCUUUGUAUAGUGGAGAGGUACGUAACUUGGAGACUGGGCUCUGCCUGGAUACAAUGGGGACCACGGCCAAUAACAAAAUCCACACAAUUCCCUGUCACGGCUUGGGCGGAAAUCAGUUUUUCAGAUUCACCAUCAGUGGCUACAUAGAAAGAGAUGAAGCAUGUUUAACAGACAAAGAUGGCGGUAUUUAUUAUGUACUCUGUAAGCAGAACGUCACAAAGUGGGAAUACACUAAGGAACAUGAGAUUCGAGUACAAUAUACAAACAGCUGUUUGAGUUUGAACAAUAAGCUACUUAAUGUGCUUCCGUGUAACAACGGCAUGAAUCAGAGGUGGACUUGGACUAGAAAAGUCGAGGGAGACCCAGUGAUUCAAUGAAUAAUGUAGUUAAUGAUUUGUAAAAGUAUUUUUCAAUGGAGUUACUUAAUUGUUAUCAUUAACUUAAUGAACACAUAUGCACUUCCUAAUAUAUGAAUGUACAAUGUAUGUUUGAUAGGUGAUUUCAUUUAACUUUAAGGUCUAAUUUGUCUGAAGUUGUGGUUUUCUCGAUCAUUUGAUUGUGCAAAAAUGGAAAUGUUGUCUGAAAGUAUGAAUGAGGCUUGAAAAGUUUGAU